GCCGGCAGGGGGCGCUGUGCCACGUGUGGAUGUGGCCGGGGAGGGUGCGGGCACCGGUGGCUGCAGGAGCGGAAGUCUCUCCCUGACUGAGUAGCGGUAGCAGCAGCCCCGGGCUCGCCGUGCCUCACACCUCCAUGGCCGUCUGGACCCGAGCCUCCAAGUCGGGGCCCCUGGACCUGCUGCUGCAGGAUCACUGGCUCCGGGUCCAGGCCGAGCUGUCAGGGGAGAGCCUAAGCCUGAGCUCGGAGCAGGAGGGCGGGCUGAGCAAUGGCACGGAGCUGGCCCCGGGCAGCAGCCCCCGCAAGGGUCCCGGCUCAGACUGCGGCUCGGAGUCAGGACUGGGCAGCCCCGGAGCCCGCUUCCCCCCGGAGAGCCCGGAGCCGGUGCGGAGUGUGCGGGUGGUGAAGCAGGAGUCCGGCGGCCUGGGCAUCAGCAUCAAGGGCGGCCAGGAGAACCGCAUGCCCAUCCUCAUCUCCAAGAUCUUCCCGGGGCUGGCGGCCGACCAGAGCCAGGCACUGCGGGUGGGCGAUGCCAUCUUGUCCGUCAACGGGGCAGACCUGCGGAGUGCCACCCACGACCAGGCGGUACAGGUGCUGAAGAAGGCUGGCAAGGAGGUGACCCUGGAAGUGCGUUUCCUGCAGGACGUGUCUCCCUACAUCCAGAAAGCGUCCCUGGUGGGCGACCUUCCCUGGGACGGCUGUGACCCGCACAGUCCGGCAAACAGCGACUCAUCCGGGUCUCCCAAACGCUGCUUCCGGGACACCAAGGUCAUUCCUUUAAAAAUGUGCUACGCUGCGCGCAAUCUGAGCAUGUGCGACCCGGAGGGACGGCUGGUGGAACUGCGCUCCCCGGAUGGAUGUCACUCCCUCGUGCUCCGCUGCAGAGAUUCAGCCUCCGCGCUGUCCUGGUCGCAGGCGCUACACAACAACAUAUCUGCUCUGCUGCCGCAGGUCCUGGCCGAGACGCAGUGCAUCCUGGGAGCUGCCAGUGAGGACCUCAGACAUUUGGGCUGGGUGGCCGAGCAGGUGCCUCAGGAUGAUGGCCGCUCUACAUGGAAUCCAACGCUCGCCGUUGUCUCUCAGAGGGAUUUUCUACUCUUUGAAUCAAUGCCGAGGACACGGGAAGAGUGGGCGCACCCAAAGCUGAUGUUACCGCUAGUCUCUACCAGGUUGGUGCACUCGGGCCCUGGGCACAAUUCUCCCUCUUUGGGGCAACAUCUAACAUUUGCCACCCGCACAGGGUGUCCACAGGGCAUUGAAAUGCACGUCUUCCGGGUGGAGACUCAGCGAGAUCUCUCCGCUUGGACACGAGCCCUGGUACAAGGAUGCCACGCCGCGGCCGAACUCACGAGAGAGGUCACAAUUAGCUGCUCUCUGCGCGGAGAGGGAGUGUCUCUCGCCAUUCACUACGACACAGGAUUCACAGUGUGCCGCGGCGGCCCUUCCGGGCCGGUCCUUCACCGCUAUCCUUUUGAGAAACUGAAAAUGUCGGCAGAUGACGGAAACAAAAACCUUUACCUGGACUUCGGGGGCCCAGAAGGAGAGCUGACGCUGGAUCUGCACACGUGUCCGAAGCCGGUUGUUUUCCUGUUACACACAUUCCUUUCUGCUAAAGUCACCCGUAUGGGCCUGCUGGCCUGACCCUAAAGUGCCCUCCGCAGGACACACACAGCUGUCCGUAUAACCAGUGCCUUCUAGCGACAAUCACAACGUGUAAGGAGGGACAGUACGCGGCGUCUGAUCCGAUCACACGGCAUUAGCACAGUCUCCGCUCCCCAAGCCGCCGCCCUGAGCGCCGGGACCCCGCAGAAUGUGAGCCGCGUUAUGUGAAACCAGGCGGAAUUGGGGGCUUUGGACUAAACAAAAUCUGCAUUUUUAUAAAGACUUUUGCUGUUUAUUUUUUUUAACCACAAGAGUUUGUGAAACUGUUGGAAAUGUUUCCAAGGUAAGUGCUGGCCGAGCCGCCGUCUUACCGGACUGUCACGGACGCGUCGGCUCUUCAGCCCUUUCACUACAGCGACUGAACGCAACGUUCGGUCCUCUGGGAAUAUGAAGCCAUAAUGUUUUUAUGACCAAAAGUGCCUUCAAUGUUACUGCUGCCUUAAAUGUUUAUGUUUAUAUGCACAAAUGAUAUUUAUAGAGUAUAUAAUUAUAUAUAUAUGUACACACAUUACAUGCACAGUUACACAAUGACGGGGGGCCUGCUGGGACCACACCAUGUCCGGCUGUGUAAGCCGGGCGCAGCACCCCUUCCGCUGGCUCCAAAACCUACUCUGGACAAAAGUUUCUCCAGAUUUUAACCAAAGAUAUUCGUGCAGAGAUAUUGUUUACGUAUCACGGUAAAAAUGCUUUGAUUAAAGGGGAAAUAUUCCCUAUUUAUAAACAGGAUUUAUAUUCACUUUAUUUUUCUAUAACUGUUCAGUAAAACCUAUGAUAUAUUUGCACAGAU